AUGCCGCGUCCCAGCUUCGCCGAAGACGCACCAGAGCUAGACACGCCCCAGGUUGCCACUCCUACCACCCAACCUGUCUACUCGGAUGCAUCAAGUUCCUACUGGCCCCCAGGUUGGAACUACAACCGCUAUCGACAUGCGACCGCAGAUGACGUGACCUCCCUUCCCGUGGAUGAACUGCUGAAAAUGCAGGCCGGAUUACGGGAUGUCCUAGGAGAGGAAGGUGUUGGGCAGCUGGCGAUGCACGUAUUCGAGGAGCAGCAACACGAUGCUAAAAGACCUGGCGACGAAUCGACUGCUGAGACUACAAAGAAUCUCGAGGUCGAUUACAUACCCCCGAACUGGCUGAAGCAUUGGAAGAAGCGCCAUGAGGGCCAGACAUGGGGUAUGGUGGCUUUCCGAACGGCCUGCUACGACGACCAGGAACGAUGGGAGAUCUUCGUUCAGCAGGUUCAAAGAAUCGUUGAAAUUCCUUUUCAGAGAGAUGAAGACGGAGCCGAUGUCCCCGAGUACUUCGAGGAUGCCGAGUCGAAAUUCGAGAUACGAUGGGUUGAGGAUCCGGCUUUGGCCAGUGCCACUGCUGAUGACCUGCGCGACAAGUUCGACAACAUGAAAUCCGAUCUUCCAGCCGGGCUUUCGGAGAAAGUAUUUCUUGUCACCUCUUCGGCUGUGGUAGCAUCCGUACUGGAUUUGGGCGAAGGCGACCGACCGACAACCAAGUCCAAGUGGUGGCGGACAUCGGCACCGUUCUUUCUCGCGGUCGCCGCAGACACGGAUCCUGGGUUGGAAGAGGGUCACGAAGAGAGGGAAUGGUUCAAGCCAAUCUUCAAGGUUGCUGCAGAGACGAUUGUCGAAGAGUUUUGGUGGCUCCUUGACUCGGAUAUAAUGCCAUUGAGAAGAAUUACGCGAAGUGUCCGGGGGUUGGAAGGUCUAGCGGAUGCCGAGACCGGCACCUCCGGAAGUGAGGACUUGGAAGACGUAUGGUGGUCUACGGCACCGUCUCCGGAAAGAAUGAGAAAGCGCCGUAGAGUUUAG